UAAAGAUUAUCAUACUCUGAAAGUGUUCUGAAUUAUGUAUUUGGUCAUAUUUUCAAAAAUAAACAUUGAUUUGAAAUUAUAAAUAUUUUUAGUUUUUAAAAAAAAUCCCGGACUCAAAGGGUUAAUCAAUAUAGUAAAAACAUCGUUGUUUCUGAAUAACUCUUAAGUAAGAACUUAUACCAAGAGAAGAAAAAGUGUGACAUUAGUACUUUGAUGAUAUUUUAAAGUAAUUCUCUAGAAUUUCUAAGGCGAUAUUAUUUUAAGUUCAUUUUUUAUAAGUCUAUCUAGCAAUGAAACACAAAAUUUUUGCUUUCCCACCUUAUGCUUUUAUUUCAUUCGUACUUUGAACUACUGAAUUCACAGUUUUCCUCUUCGGCUACACACACUCGACCUGAUUUAUUCGGUUAUACAUAUGUCACACACAUUCAUACCCCGCUCGAAAAUGAGUGUAUAUGAACAAAACCAUUCUUUAGCGAUGUGACUGCCUAAAAUGACAACACUUGUCUCUCGAGAUAAUAAGUUUUCCUAGAGCUAAUUUAUGCAUGUUACAUGUAUGUUAAGUUACUCUGAAAAUUGAUCUUCACUUUAUGUAUUUUAAUAUAUUCUGUAGACAAUUCCGAAUGUUACCAACUCUCUUUCAAAUGUACAAACGAAAUAAUGCUCUUAUAACCGAAUGGAAAGUUGGAAAUUAAUUUCAAAUGGUACAAAUUCUUUCUCGAGAUCUCUAAAUGAUGAUAUGACAAAAAUUUAAGUUUCAAAAUUUGGCAGAAUCCUUCGAAAAGCCAAAUUUUCAAAGAAAGUUUUUUUUUUAUUCUGAAGUUUUUGCAUUUUUUUUCUUGCAGUUAGAGGAGGUAUGCACUAAUUUCUGUUUUAUUAAUUGAAAUUAAUAGUUAGUUAAAAGAAAUUAUUCAGAAAAAAAAUAGCCCUCAUAAAGAAUCAAAGUUGAAUAAAAUUGGAAUAAUUUCUGCUUUUUCUCCUAGAGAUAAAAUGUAAUUUGAAUUGAAAAUAGGGUAAAGAACAAUUAACAGAUGCUAUGUUAUUUAAGCAUGUGUACAUCGGUGCAAUACACUACUCAAUAUGAGUAAUCUCCAUAUGCUUUAUGUGUUCGUAAAGUAUAAAGUAUACCUACUUUUAGUCUUGAUUACUCACACCCACAUGUAAGUAUGUGUUAUAGAUAAGCAUCUAUUAACCUUCAAUGUAAAAUAUUUGAUUACUUACACUCCCUCUUUCUGCCUGUGGCUAUUCAAUUUGCAGGUAACAAAAUAAAAUAUGUAUAUUACUAUUGUGAAUCUCAAAUCAUGGCAUUCUGCUUAAACAAACGUUUAAGUAUGAUUUGAAUCAAUCGAAGAAUGAUCAAUUGGACAAGAACGAAAAAUUUUAUUUUCUAUAUUUCUGUUAUUGAUUGAUAAGUAUCGAAUCUAAAUAUUAAGUUUGUAUCACAACUUCAAUGAUGAACGUCUACAGUGAAUAGAUUUAUUACUCUGUUACGAGAUCUAUUUAAAAGAAGAUAAUCAUUUAAUUUUUCCACUUUUAGAUAUGGUUUAUUUGUGUAUCAGUCCAUUUUGGGUGUGUAUGUUUGUAUGAUUUAUUUCGUUAUUUUUUUUUAUACAAUAUAUUGUCUAGGAUAAAAAUGUGACUAAUUCACCAUAUCCAUAUUUAACUGAAUGUUUUCGAAAUACAAUUUUACAAUGGGUACCUAUGGGUAUAUUUUGGUUAAUUUUACCAUUGUGGCUUUAUAUGUUAAACAAACGACGAAUAAAAUUACAAGCACUUAUAUUUGUUUGUCUAUUUAUUUUGAUACAAAUUAUUCGUAUUGUUCAUUAUGUCGUUGUAUUGAAAGAAGAAAAAGGUCUAGCGUAUUUAUUGACUUCAAUUUUGUAUAUAAUAACAACAAGUUUUAUUCUUUGGCUAAUGAAUUAUGAUCGAUUGAGAAGUGUUUUUUCUUCCGGCUUACUAUUUAUCUUUUGGUUAUUAGUUUCUUUGGCAAUUGUACCUGAUAUAAUUGAUUAUUCUGUUAAAUUUCAUCAACAAAUCAAAUCAAUGUCUUUGUGGAUAGAAUUUAUCGUUGUUUGGCUUCAAUUCUUCUUUGCAUUUAAUUUAUUUAUUACAAAUUGUUUUGCUGAAAAAUAUAUUAUUCCUAAAACAAUAUUUGAUGAACGACCUAUUGUUCCUGAAUUUCAUGAAAGUUUUCCAUCUCGUAUUUUUUAUUCAUGGGCGACACCAUUGAUUCUUCGAGGAUAUAAAACUCCACUUACAGAAAAAGAUUGUUGGAAUUUGCCAAUAUCUGAACGAACUGUAGCUGUUGUUCAUCAAGUACGAAAUUAUAUGAAAGGUUGGACAUCAUGUAAUUCAUACGAAAAAAUAUCUUUGAAUAAUAUUAAACUUUCGGAAUCAAAUCAAUUAGAAGAUGAACAUCAAAAUUUGGUUAAUGUCCCAAUUGUUGAUAUGAAAAAUUCGUCAUCGAAAUAUAAGAAAACAUCUAGUUUCUGGUAUGCUUUAUUUUGCACGUACAAAGAUAAACUUUUUAUUGGUGGUUUCAUCAAAAUUGUUCAUGAUCUUUUACAAUUUAGUGGUCCUAUGAUUUUAAAACUGCUUCUUAACUUCUUUACGGAUCCUACCAAACCAAAAUGGUUAGGUAUUUUUUAUGCAAUUCUUCUGAGUAUAACCGUUUUUUGUCAAAUUAUACUAUUACGAGCUUAUUUUCAUUGUCAAUUUCUUAUUGGACUUCGAUUUCGUUCAGCAAUUACUGGACUUGUAUAUCGUAAGAGUUUGAAAUUAUCAAAUUCAUCUAAACAAGAAACAACAACUGGUGAAAUUGUUAAUCUAAUGGCUAUUGAUGCUUCAAGAUUUGGUGAAGUAACGCAUCAUAUUCAUGUAUUAUGGUCAGGUAGAACAUUAUUUAUUUUUGUUCGAGAUAUGAAUUUUUCUAUUAUGUUUAUCAUUUUGAUAGGCCCUCUUCAACUUGUAAUUGCAUUAAUUUUACUUUAUCGACAAAUGAAAUUUUCAAUAAUUCCUGGUGUUACAUUAUUAUUUAUUAUGAUUCCAUUAAAUUUAUAUUUACAAAGAAUUCAAAAAAAACUUACAUUUAAACAAAUGACAAUUAAAGAUCAACGAAUUAAAAUGACAAAUGAAAUAUUAAAUGGAAUUCGUGUAUUAAAAUUAUAUGCAUGGGAAAUAGCAUUUAUACGUUCUAUUACUCAUAUUCGAGAAAAAGAACUUGAAUAUAUACGAAAAAAAGCAAUUGUUAAUGCUAUAUCCAAUAUACUUUGGACAUUUACACCAAUUCUAGUUGGUAUAACAACAUUUGCAACUUAUGUUCUUUCAUCAGAUACGAAUAUUUUAACAGCUGACAAAGCAUUUGUAUCAUUGACAUUGUUUAAUCUACUUCGUAGUCCACUUGUUGCUUUUCCUACUGUUUUUAACAAUGUUGUUGAAGCACGUGUAUCAAAUAAACGCAUUGAGAAGUUUUUGAGUAAUGAAGAAAUUGAUGAAAAUGCUGUUGAUAGAAUGUCUGUCGAGUCUAAAAUUGAACAAGGUUCACUUAUUGCAUUUGUUGGUAUGGUUGGUUCAGGUAAAAGUAGCAUUUUAGCAGCAUUACUUGGUGAAAUGAAUAAAAUUCAUGGACGUGUGAUUAUCAAUGGUACUAUUGCUUAUGUACCACAAAUAGCAUGGAUUAUGAAUACAACAUUGAAGGAAAAUAUUCUUUUUGGAAGAGAUUUUGAUAAGAAUUUAUAUAAUCGUGUAAUUGAAGCAUGUGCUCUAAAACAAGAUCUUGAUAUGCUUCCAGCAAAUGAUGAAACUGAAAUUGGUGAAAAAGGAAUUAAUUUAUCUGGUGGACAACGACAACGUGUUUCAUUAGCUCGAGCAUUAUAUAGUAAUGCUGAUAUAUUUCUUCUUGAUGAUCCACUUUCAGCUGUCGAUGCACAUGUUGGUGCUUAUAUUUUCAAACAUGUCAUUGGACCUAAAGGAUUAUUAAAAGAUAAAACUCGUCUUUUGGUUACACAUGGUCUAUCACAUUUAAAUAAAUGUAAUGAUAUUAUUGUUGUUUCUCAAGGUGAAAUAAUUGAUCAUGGAACAUAUAAUGAUUUAAUGAUUAGAAGCAUAAUUUUACAAGAUUUUGUUCAUUCUAUUGCUCUCUCUCGUACACAACACUAUCAACAUCAAACAAGUGACAUUGAAAGUCCAAAAAGUAUUCCAACAACUCCAUCAGAAUUGCUUCAUAAAUCAUUUGAAUUUACUGAAAAUGAUAUUCAACAUGAUGAACUACAUCCAACUAUAAUCGAAAUAGAAGAAGAAAAGAAAAAGACCAUUCAAAAAGAGACUAUACAGACAGGUUCAGUAAAAUUAAAUGUAUUUUUAAUUUAUAUUCGUUCAUGUAAAUUAUUAAUGAUUGUAUUAAUAAGUAUAUUUUUUUGUUUAACAAUAUUUGCUACUCUAAGCGCUAAUAUUUGGUUAUCUAAGUGGACAGAUGAAGUAAAAGUGACAACGAUAGCAAAUAAUAUAUCAUCAAGAAAUAAUCAAAUUUAUUAUAUGAAUAUUUAUUCAACAUUAGGAAUCAUUCAAGGCUUUCUUGCAUUUGCCAUGCAAUUGAUUCAUAAACUAGCUUCAUAUAUUGCUGGUCGAAAAUUACAUUGGAUUAUUCUAAUUGGAAUUCUUCAUGCACCAAUGUCUUUCUUUGAUACAACACCAAUUGGUCGUAUUAUUAAUCGUUUUUCUAAAGAUAUUGAUUCAAUUGAUUCAGCAUUACCAAAUGCUUUUUCUCAAUCAUUAACAUCACUAAUUAUAGUUGUUGCUACAUUAAUAAUACUUGUCUAUGGUUCAUGGGUUGCUUUAAUUGAACUCAUACCACUUGCUAUUCUUUUUAUAUAUAUUCAGCGUGUUUAUAUAUCUUCAUCUCGACAACUUCGUCGUCUUGAUUCAGUUACACGUAGUUUAAUUUUUGCAAAUUUUAGCGAAACAAUUCAAGGUCUUAGUUCAAUUCGUGCUUAUCAUGUUCAACAACGUUUUAUUGAUUUAUCUGAUAAAUUCAUGGAUAGAAAUCAAUCAUGUCAUUUAGCUAGUUCUGUUUCUAAUAGAUGGCUUGGUGUUCGUUUAGAAAUUAUUGCUAAUUUACUUACAUUAUUUACAGCCAUAACUGCUGUUUUUAUGCGUGAUCAUUUAACAGCUGGUACUGUUGGUUUAAUGAUAACCUAUGCUUUACAAAUUACACAUUCUCUCAAUAUACUUGUUCGUAUGUCAAGUGAUAUUGAAACAAAUAUUAUUAGUGUUGAACGUAUUAAUGAAUAUGCUCAAUUGACACCUGAAGCUCCAUGGGAAAUUCCACGAACGAAACCAUCACCUCAUUGGCCAACGAAUGGAAAUAUUCAAAUUCGGGAUUUAUCAAUACGAUAUCGAGAAAAUUUACAAUUGGUAGUCAAAGAUUUCUCUAUUAAUAUUCAAUCAGGAGAAAAGAUUGGAAUUAUCGGUCGUACGGGUAGUGGAAAGAGUAGUUUAUGUUUAUCUCUUUUGCGUAUUAUUGAACCAACAAAUGGUACAAUUAUUAUUGAUAAUGUUGAUAUUCGUCUUAUUGGUUUACAUGAUUUACGAUCAAAGAUCACUAUUAUUCCACAAGAUGCCAUCAUAUUUGCUGGUACUGUUCGAUUUAAUAUUGAUCCAUUUAGUAGUUAUAGUGAUGUAGAAAUAUGGACUGUAUUAGAAUUAGUACAUUUAAAAGAACGUUUUCAUAUGAUGGAAAAUGGUUUGUUACAUCUUUUAGCAGAAGGAGGUCAAAAUAUGAGUGCUGGUGAGAGACAAUUACUAUGUUUGGCACGUGCUCUCUUAAGAAAAAGUCAAAUAUUUAUAUUUGAUGAAGCAACUGCUGCUAUUGAUAUGGAAACAGAUCGACUCAUUCAACAAACUAUUCGUUCAAGAUUUAAAAAUGCAACUGUAUUGACUAUUGCUCAUCGUUUACAUACAAUUUUAGAUAGUACUAAAAUUCUUGUCUUAUCAAAUGGUUAUUUACAAGAAUAUGAUGAACCAAUACAUUUAGCUGCUAAUCCAAAUUCGACAUUUGUUAAACUCUUACGUGAUGCAAAUAUUCAUCCAUCGGAUAUUAGAUCAAUUGCUUCUUGUUUUAAUGGUAUUGAAUGUUUAUGUUUGGAUGAUGUUCAACGACGUUUUCCAUCUACAACCGUACUAUGUAUUGAUAAUGUUCAAUUAGGUUUUCUUCGUGAUAAUAAUGGUGAUCAACUUAUUCCAUUACGUAUUGAAGCAAUUAAAGAUCAGAUUGUUGAAGCUGUAGAACCUAUAGGAAAAUCGAAUGAUGAAAUGCAUAUAUUCUUUGAUCGUAUUGAUACAAAAAUGCAAGAGAUGACCAAAAAAACUGAUAUAAUUCUUGCCAAUACGCAAGAAACUCUUGUUCGAAUAAAACAUGUAAUGACGCAAAUGUAUGAAUUACAUGAAUAUACAACUCCUCGGUAUUUUUUUAUUUUACCAGCAAAACAUCACAAUUGGGCUUCGAUUAAUACUGUACAAAAUUUAUUUCUUCUUCAUUAUAAACUAUAUUUCUUAUGUGAAUGCUCGGAUGAACCUGAUAAAUUGCAUAUUGCUCCUCAUGAUGGUUAUUCAAUUAAGAAACCAAGUGAAUUUAUUGCUAAUUAUGGAUCUUAUUUACGAACAACAUUAACUAUUGCUCGAAAUUUAUUUUCUAUAGGUGGUUUUGUUAUUCCUCAAUCAGAGAAUGUAUCAACUGUUGUAGCCAAUGCUUUACCAACAUUUAUUAAAGAGCCAAAUAACUAUAAUGAGGUCAACAAUAAAUUAGAUUUAGUCGAAAAAAUGCUUAAUCAAACUAAUGAUGAACUUUCACGUGUAGAUUCAUCUAUGAUUCGAAAAGCGAUACUACCAGAAGCUUCACUUCAAGGUGCACAACUUCGAGAACUUGAAGCUUUUUUAGAACUUGUUGAUAAUAAACAUAGUUUAGGAAAUCUAUAUCGAACAAUUACUAAUGAUGGUCAUGUUCGUUGGGUAUGUUUAGAACAUUAUCAUGCAAUGAGUUUUCAUAAUAAAAUGUCGGAAUAUAUUCGUCAAUUGGAAGCUUUCGGAGGAAAAUACAAUCAAGAAACGAAAGAAGUAAUUCUAACAGGAACUUUAACAACGAAAAAUAUUACAAUGUUUUGUGAUGCUUUAACAAAAGGUUUUACAAUAUUAACUCUUGUUCUUCAAAAUUGUUCAUUUAACACAAAAGAUCUUGACAAAUUAUUUGAUGUUAUCAUCAAUCGUUCUUCUAUUCAACGGCUAAUAAUUAUGACUGUUGAAGUUCGUAAAUGGAUGAAAAUGUCUACGUAUGUUUGUAAUAAUAUGAUUGUUUAUUUCAAAAAUCAAUCAUUAAAAAUACAAUUUUGUAAUUAUCAUCAAAGUGAAGAUACAAAAAUGCUCGUUCAACUAUUACAACAAAAUAAAAUAUGUCGAACAUUGAAUUUCUUUGGUUAUGAUCUUUCAAUACAUGAUCAAGAUCUAUUACGUUGCCUUAAAGCGAAUAAAGAAUUAACAACAUUAGUUAUAAAUUAUUUUAUGAAUAUUGAAUUCUUAAAUGAAAUUAUUACUUCAAAUUGUUCACCAUAUCGAAUAAAAUUAAGUUAUUGUUUCAAUACAUCAUCAACUUUAUAUGGUCUUUGUCAAACAAUAGGACAAAAUGAAACUCUUGUCGAUCUUGAUAUUAUGGAUCAGACUUGUAUUGAUGAUAAAUCUGCUACUAUUGAACUUCUAGAUGUAUUACGAAAACAUAAAUCAAUAAAAAAUGUUCGUCUUCAUGUUUUCGAUAUUCAACCAUCAAACAAAAAUGAAACUUGUCUUAUUACUUCAUUAUUAAAUGAUUCAUUUAUUUCUCAUCUACGCAUAUCAGAAUCUAUUAUUUCGCAUCAAUUCAUAGAAGCACUUGUUCAUGCUUCUAAAGAACGUCGUUCAUUAACUUAUGUUGAAUUUUACAAUUGUCAAUUGAACGAAGAUGAUAUUUCAGCAUUACAAUUGUUGUAUACUAAUGAGACUUUAACACAUUUAUCAAUAUCCAAACAACAAUAUGUUUCUGUUGCAAUAACAGAUAUGCGACAACAACUUAUCAACGAAUUUUCACAAUAUCAAAAUACCAAACUUGAACAAAAAAUUGCACAAUCUUACAUUCAUUCCUCGAUAUGUUUAGAUAAUAUGAAUUUAGUUGAUCAAGAUAUGGAGAUCAUAAUCAAACAAGCUAUUAUAAUAAAACAAUGUAAUUUUAUUUCUUUACAAUUCAAUAAAUUCACAUCAAUUGGUAUAUCAAUUUUAACUGAUGCGUUAAAUAAUAAUAAUAAUAAUGCAUUAGAAACAUUGUAUCUUGGGAAUAAUUAUAUUUCUGAUGAUGGUGUUUAUUUUCUUGCUAAUAUACUUUCAGAUAAUAAUUAUACUCUCAAAACACUUGUUCUUCAAAAAAAUAGAAUAACUGAUAGAGGUGCAAGAUAUCUCGCUCAAAUGCUUAAAGUUAAUAAAACAUUAAUUUGGUUAUAUCUUGGACAAAAUGAUAUCAGUGAUGAAGGAAUUCGAAUAUUAGCACAAACAAUUGAAAAUCAAAAUCAUACACUUGAAAUGUUAGUUCUUUCCUGUAAUAAAUUAUUGACUGAUUUAAGUAUUGAUUAUCUUAUUAAAAUGAUUCAACAUAAUCAAUCAUUAAAAAAACUAUGGAUUGAUGAUUGUAAUUGGUCGGAAUUAGGUAAAGAAAGACUUAAUAAGAUACAACAAACAAAAAAAGAUUUUUAUAUUAGAAUAUAA